GGAGCGCCGAAGGGGACCUCACAUGCGUCUGUCACAUAACCCCUUGGCGAUCUAUUUAAAGCGAGAGGCCUUGUUGGACUUUGUCUCAGCCUAUUUAUGAAUCCCUUGGACUUGGCAAGUCGGGCUGCGGAGUAUUAACUCGGGAGCUUUGGAACAAUCGGCAAAGCAAGUCCGGUGCCAGUGGACAGAGCUCGGCUGGGCCCAGGGAGAGCAUGAGGGCCUCCCAGGCACUCCUGCUCUGCUCUUCCUUGGCGGUGCUGCUCCAGCCCAGCUCCUGCCAGCCCUACCUCCGGCUCAGGCCCUCCCCUAGCGACAAUCUGCCCAUCAAGGACAUUAUCGAGCAUCCGGACCCGGAGUAUGACCCCAAGGAGCAAGAUCUGGACGACCGGACUUUGCGGAAGAAGCUGGGGAGCAAUUUCGACCCUGCGUUCAUGUCCGUGGCCGCCCCGGUCCAGGUGAAUCUCUCCAGCCCUGACCCGCUGCACAGGGUCAAGGCGCCGGGACCCUUGCCCAAUGAGCUGAAAAAGCUGGAGCUGGGCGAGACACCCUAUGGGGCCAGACUCAAGAUGGGCAAGAAGGCGCGGAGGAAGUUCCUGCAGUGGCUGUGGGCGUACACCUACUGUCCGGUGCUGUACACCUGGAAGGACUUGGGCAUCCGGUUCUGGCCUCGUUACAUCAAGGAAGGGAACUGUUUCUCAGAGAAGUCUUGCUCCUUCCCUGAGGGCAUGUACUGUAAGCCGGUCAAAUCGGUCACCAAGACCUUCUUGAGAUGGUACUGCCAAGGGUGGUCGAGGCAAAAAUAUUGCACUUGGAUCCCCGUGCAGUACCCAGUUAUUUCAGAGUGCAAAUGUUCCUGUUAGCCCUCCCUGUUUGGGGUGCUCUGUGCGUAUGUUCUGUCUGUUUACGUGUGGCUCAGCUCCUGGGGUGACUUCUGCUGGAAACCACUCGGUGCCUUGGGAUGGGGUGGAGCAGGCCCAGUUCUUCAAACCACACACGCGGCCCCAUCGAUGUGGCUUAGGAUCCGGCCGGUGUCGGUGAUGGAUAUGGCAGGUGACAGACAUCUUGCAACCUUGAGGGAUUGGAUCAUCCGGUCAAGAACUGGGUGGUCUUGUGGCACACCUCGCACUCCCUACACACAAAAACAUGGACACGCAUUCACAAGAGACGUUGCUUAUUCGCUUCUCUGUCCUCUGUUUUUUUUCCCCCAGCAGCCCCUUGCACUGUUUUUUUAAAAAAUAAUUAUUUUAUUUUAUUUGAAAUGGGAAAAACAAAACCCGAAAAGGAACUGCAGUGCAGGCCAGAGAAAAAGCUAAGCACUAUGAGAUGUUUAUUUUUAUACAUAUAUAUCAUUCUAACAAAAAAAA